AUGGUUACUAUAAUCAGCACCAUGGAAACCCAGGUGUCCAACGGUCCAAGCGGAACCAGUCUGCCUAACGGUCCAGUCAUUAGCACCAAUGGCUCUACAGACGACAGCAAAACCAACCUGAUCGUCAACUAUCUGCCUCAGAACAUGACCCAGGAAGAGUUCAAAAGUUUGUUUGGUAGCAUUGGAGAGAUUGAGUCCUGCAAGCUAGUCAGAGACAAGAUAACAGGUCAGAGUUUGGGAUAUGGCUUUGUAAACUAUGUGGAUCCAAAUGAUGCAGAUAAGGCCAUCAACACACUCAAUGGUCUCAAACUGCAGACUAAAACAAUCAAGGUAUCAUAUGCCCGGCCAAGCUCAGCUUCUAUUCGUGAUGCCAACCUUUACGUAAGUGGACUCCCCAAAACUAUGAGCCAGAAGGACAUGGAACAGCUGUUCUCCCAAUACGGUCGCAUCAUCACGUCCCGUAUCCUAGUGGACCAAGUCACAGCAGGCAUAUCACGAGGAGUGGGCUUCAUCCGGUUUGACAAACGGAAUGAAGCAGAGGAGGCCAUUAAAGGUCUGAAUGGACAGAAGCCUUUGGGUGCUGCUGAGCCCAUCACCGUCAAGUUCGCCAACAACCCCAGCCAGAAGACAGGCCAGGCCUUACUGACUCAGCUGUAUCAGACUGCUGCCCGCCGCUACACAGGGCCCUUGCACCACCAGACUCAGCGUUUCAGACUCGACAAUUUACUAAACGCCAGCUACGGAGUCAAGAGAUUCUCCCCCAUCACCAUUGACAGCAUGACCAGCCUGGCGGGGGUUAACCUUACUGGUCCAACUGGAGCUGGCUGGUGCAUCUUUGUGUACAACCUUUCCCCAGAGGCGGACGAGAGCGUCCUGUGGCAGCUCUUCGGGCCUUUCGGCGCCGUAACCAACGUCAAGGUCAUACGUGACUUCACCACCAACAAAUGUAAGGGCUUUGGCUUUGUCACCAUGACCAACUACGAUGAAGCUGCCAUGGCUAUCGCUAGCCUUAAUGGCUACCGCCUGGGUGACCGCGUGCUGCAGGUUUCCUUCAAGACCAGCAAGCAGCACAAGGCCUGA